GAAAUGGGCGGACAAACAAGAAAGUGGAAGCAAAAAAGGCAACCCACUUUAUUGAAACAACAACAGACUGCUGCUCAAAAUCCUUCACACCAAUAAAUUGAAAGGUUUUUUUUUUUGUCAAUUUCAAUUUAUAAUCAGAUCUCGAUACAAUCUGUGUAGUUUAAGGUACUGAAGCCCAUAUAAUGACAUUCGAGUUCGGAAGAACUCAUGUUGUCAGGCCGAAAGGAACACAUAAAGCAACGAUAGUUUGGCUCCAUGGCCUCGGUGAUAAAGGCUCCAGCUGGUCACAAAUCUUGGAAAACCUUCCUCUUCAAAAUGUAAAGUGGAUUUGCCCAACUGCUCCUACUCGCCCCGUGUCGUUAUUCGGUGGAUUUCCGAGCACUGCUUGGUUUGAUGCACAAGAUAUUUCAGACGAUGCGCCUGAUGAUUUAGAAGGAUUGGAUGCAUCAGCUGCACAUGUGGCGAAUCUCUUGUCGACUGAGCCUGCUGAUAUUAAACUAGGAAUCGGAGGGUUUAGUAUGGGUGCUGCAGCUGCUCUUUACUCGGGCACAUGUCACAUUUUCGGUCAAUAUUCCAACCGAAAUCCUUACCCCGUUAACCUAACCUCCAUUGUUGGUCUUAGUGGCUGGCUUCCGUGUUCCAGGAUGCUGAGGAAUCGAUUGGCCGGAUCGAAUGAUACUGUUACACGCGCCUCAUCUUUGCCUAUUUUGCUCUGUCAUGGUUCUGGGGAUGAUGUAGUGGCUUAUAAACACGGCGAAAAAUCUGCACGAAUACUACAUUCAGCUGGAUUUCAAAACCUUACAUUUCGAUCAUACGAUGGGCUUGGCCAUUACACCAUUCCGGAAGAGAUGGAUGAGGUUUGCCGCUGGUUAACCGAUAAACUGGAGCUUCCGGGUUCGUAAUCCAGAAGCUUCUAGAAACAUCUAGGGGGGUAUACUUUGGGCUAUACGAAAUAAGACAUCGUAGCUAUAAGACGAAGAACGAUUAAUUUCAUUAUGUUUUUUUUCCCUUCAUCUAUGGGAUAUUCUUGUUGCUCUUUGUCUCUUUGUUUUUCAACUUAAGAUGUGAUUUGUUUUGGAAUAUUCUUGUUUGUUACUUUGUCAAAGAUGGUAUGGUUCUAUGAUGUGAUAUUGAAAUGGGUAAAAUUGAUUGGCUAGAGUUGUGAUA